AUGUUUAAUAAUGAUGUCAUUUGUAGUGGCAUAACAACAAUUAGAGCAUUCAGUGCAUCGAAGCGGUUUAUGCAAGAUAUGCUAUUAAACAUAGAUAACAAUAAUCGUCCAUUCUUUUAUACAUGGUUAACAAAUCGUUGGCUUUCAAUUCGUUUCGAUAUUACUGGUGCAUUCGUUUCGUUUUUAGCUGGUAUUUUCAUUCUGUGGAACCUUGAUCGACUUGAUGCUGGCUUAGCUGGCUUGUCCAUGUCAUUUGCAAUGCACUUUUCUGAGCAGAUCAUGUCGACUGUUAGAAAAUAUACAUCACUUGAAAUGAGUUUUAAUGCUGUUGAAAGAGUAAGCGAAUUUUCUGAAAUUCCUCAAGAAGCUCCAGCUAUAAUUGAACCGAGACCACCUGCUUACUGGCCACAUAGUGGUGCAAUCACGGUACAAAACCUAGAAGUUAAAUAUGCACCAAAUUUAGAGCCAGUACUACAUCACAUUUCAUUUAAUGUGGAAGGUCAAGAAAAAAUAGGACUUGUUGGACGUACUGGAUCUGGAAAGUCAACAAUAGCAUUGGCUAUGUUUCGAUUUGUGGAGCCAUCAGAUGGAAAAAUUUUAGUCGAUGAAAUUGAUAUUUCAUCUGUCGGUGUCGAAGAUCUUCGGUCAAGAAUAACUAUAAUUCCACAAGAUCCUAUAUUAUUUACAGGUACAAUACGGUCAAACCUUGAUGCAUUUUCUCAAUAUGAGGAUAUAGAAAUAUUAGAAUCAUUACGACGUGUUCACUUAAUUCCUUCUGCAGAGGAUGUAGAGGCUAAUUCAUUUGCAGAUGAUAAUAUCAAUUUAUUUAAGAAUUUGGAUACACCU